AUGCUACUAAUUCACUAUCUUGAACAACACAACUGUGAAAAUGGAAGAAAUCACCAGCCAAAAGACUCAUGUUUUAGUUCUCCCUUCCCCUGCACAAGGCCACAUAAAUCCAAUUGUUCAAUUUUCCAAGAUUUUGGCAUCAAAAGGAGUUAAGGUGACAAUUCUCACAAUAGAUUUCGUUUGCAAAGCCAUGCUAUUGGAUUGUGGCCCAUUAAUAAACAUUGAGUCCAUUCCACAUGAAGCAAUACCAGUAGAAGGCGUUGAUGAUUUUCUUGAAUGGUUCCAAACACUGAUGUUGGAAAAAUUCAGUGGUAUUGUUGAGAAAUUUGGUGAUUCUGAAUACCCUGUAAAAGUUCUAGUAAUUGAUUCACUUAUCACUUGGAUAAUUGACUUAGCACAUGAGCUAGGCCUAAAAGUGGCUGCAUUUCACACACAACCUGUUGCUCUGUCUGCUUUAUAUUAUCAUAUCAAUCACGAAGACUCUACUAAUAAAAUUCCUUUUGAUGGUUCUGCUCCUGUUUCGUUGCCUUCGCUACCAUUGCUGGAAAAGGAAGAUUUGCCUUCUUUUAUCUGUGAGACUGAUGCAUAUCCAACUGUUAAAAGACUUGUCUUUGGCCAGAACUUCAAUUUCAAGAAAGCAGAUUGGCUUUUGUUCAACACAUUUGACAUGUUGGAGGAGGAGGUGGUCAACUGGUUAAGGACCCAAUAUUCAAUUAAAACCAUUGGACCAGUAGUUCUACCAAUGUAUUUUGACAAAGAAUAUGACUCAAGUCUUAUCAAGCCUCAUUAUGAAACUUGUAAGAAGUGGCUAGACUCGAGGGAAAUAGGCUCAGUUGUUUAUGUAUCAUUUGGAAGUUUGGCCAGUCUAGGAGAAAAACAAAUGGAGGAAUUAGCUUCAGGAUUUAUGAUGAGCAACUCUUACUUCUUGUGGGUAGUUAGAGAUACUGAAGAAAACAAACUUCCAAAUGAUUUCAUGUCAAAGGCAUCAGAAAAAGGACUAAUUGUAAACUGGAGUCCUCAGCUUGAUGUCUUAGCUCAUAAAUCAGUUGGUUGUUUCUUUACUCAUUGUGGAUGGAAUUCGACGCUCGAAGCGUUGAGUUUGGGAGUGCCAAUGGUGUGUAUGCCUCAGUGGGCAGAUCAACCAACUAAUGCAAAAUAUAUUACUGAUGUAUGGCAAGUAGGAAUUCGAGUUAAGGCUGGAAAAGAUGGUGUAAUUACAAGAGAAGAAGUAGCAAGUUCAAUAAAGGAAGUGAUGGAGGAAAAGAAAGGAGUAAUGCUAAAAGAGAAUGCAAUUAAAUGGAAAAAUUUGGCUAAGGAAGCAGUAGAAAAAGGAGGGAGUUCUGAUAAGAAUAUUGAAGAAUUUAUUCAAGCUUGUAAUGCACUAAACUGAGUAAAAGAUUCAGAGAACGUCUGUUUUACAAGUGGUUUAGAUUUUUAGUGCAUGUUUAGUUUGCUGUUUCCCAUCGUAUCAUUAUGUAUUAUUUUGAAAUUUAAUAAUUAUAUGGAACUCCCAUUAUGUUAUUCAUUCUA